CGCAUUUAGUAACUCGGCCUCCACGAAAUGUGAUUUCCACUUUCAAGAACGUUGUCAGUAAUAAUCAUUCAUUCCACCAUUAUGAAGUGUAUACACUUGGUCGUGAUGUAUGUGUGUAUGAAAUUAGUGCAAGGUAAUAUAAACAGUAAAUUACAUUAUUUUGAAACCCUGAAAUCAGUGGAGGUGCGGAGCCGUGUUAAGAGAAGCACUGAUGGACACAGUACAGCUUAUAAGGAAGUCUGGUUCAGUGCCUUAGGAAGAAAUUUCAAUAUGGUAAUAAAACCUGAUGUCAGCGUGUUGUCCAACUCUUUCCAAUCUUACACAGUCAAUGAAGAUGGGCAGACGGAGCCAUUUCAUGUCAACAGGAAUAAUUUCUAUACUGGACAUUUAACAGAUGGAGAUGGCCAUGUUGAUGCUCAUUUAGAAGAUUCAGAGUGGAAUAUUCAAGUAGCAAUGAAAGAUGACAUAUAUUCUGUUGAGCCUUCAUGGAGACACCUGCCUCCCUCCGACAACCACACCCUUAUUGCAUACCGCCACUCCGACAUCAAGUGGGACCACACCUACCCUCAUCUAGCCAACCACAGCAACAAGAGACAAAGUAUGUGUGAGAGUAUUCAUCCUGAUAUAGGAGAUGGAGAAAUUGAUGAGGGAGGUGAUGAGAACCAGACAGAUUCAGCAGAUCAUGGACGUCAGAAGAGGCAGGCAUGGCUGCUGAAUAAAAACACAUGCAACAUAAUGGUGGUCGCUGACUACUUGUUUUAUGAAGGUGUUGGUGGAGGUUUCAAACAUCGAACUGCAAACUAUAUGAUUGGGCUAAUUCAAAGGAUAGACAACAUUUACCGUGAGACGCUGUGGAAUAAAGAAAGGGGACAGACAGGAUUUGGAUUUCAGAUCAAAGAGAUGCGUAUCCACAACAGACCUACAUCUGUUGCUAAGGGCGAGCAGCAUUACAACAUGAAGAACGCCAACCCAUGGGACACGCGCGAACUGCUGAAUGAGUUCAGCAGCCAUGUCUUCUUUGGCCGAUUCUGCCUAGCUCAUCUGUUCACGUACCAGACUUUCAGUGGCGGCGUCCUGGGCCUGGCGUACAUAGCGUCACCGCGACUUGGCACUGUAGGGGGGAUAUGUUCCCAACCUUAUACAAGGCGGGGCAAGAAGCGCUACCUCAACACAGGUUGGAGCAGCUCCCUAAACACAGCAGGCAUCAGGCAACUCACCCAGGAGUCCAUGCUGGUUACAGCUCAUGAAUUGGGUCAUAACUGGGGCAGUGAGCAUGACGUUGAUACAGACGAGUGUGCCCCUGACUCCUUCAACAAGGGACGCUACAUCAUGUAUCCCUACGCCGUCAGCGGAUGGGAGGAGAACAACUAUGUGUUCUCCCCCUGCAGCAUGCGUUAUGUGUCCGAUGUGCUGAGAUCUAAAGCUUACAAGUGUUUUGUAGAGAGGAAGGACAAUGUGCCGUACUGUGGGAACGGCAUCGUGGACAACCUGGAGAACUGUGACGCUGGACCUGACGGCGACGACUGCUGCACCAGCAAAUGUCGGUUCAAGUCAGGAGCCAUUUGCAGCCCAAUGAACUAUGAGUGCUGUGAGGACUGCCAGAUGGCCAGCGUGGACUACCAGUGCCGAAGCUCCUCCCCCAACAGCUGUCUACAGUCCACCAAGUGCAAUGGAUCUAGUUUUGACUGUCCAAUGGCAGAGCCUAAAGUGAAUGAUACAAAGUGUAUAGAUGGUGGGACAUGCUACGAUGGAGUCUGCAAGUCUUUCUGUGAAGUCAUGGAUAUGGAGCCGUGCAUCUGUGCGGACAAAAAGAAUGCAUGUGCCAGGUGUUGUAGACAAAGAGGCAGCGACCAAACCGAGUGUAAACCCAAGGGUGGGUUCCUGGAAGAAGGCAGGCCUUGUUACCAGGGUUACUGCUCAAAGGAAGGAUCUUGCAUCAAGACCACAACUGAGCUUAUCUACAGGUUCUUUGAUUUUAUAGAGAAACUCACUCCUAGUAAAUUUGUGGAAAUCAUGAGAAGCAACAUAGUGGGGACGGUCAUCGUGUUGUCCUUGAUCAUCUGGGUACCAGCAAGCUGGGUAUUCAGCUGUAUAGACAAGAGACAGGAAAGAGAGGAUAAAGAUUUGCGAGAUUGGAAAGUGAGUCGCUACCUUAUAUCCCAUGAUGAAGUCUUGGAGAGAAACAUACAUGUGUCAACAAUCCGGCGCCUAGGCCCGACCGAUGCCACCAAGGAGGGCCUUGUCCCAAUCCACAGGAUCAGUCCAGUCCAUUGAGAAGGAAUCCAGAGUUUGAUCACUGAAUGCAGCAUAGCUUACAUUAAUCAAAGAAAAAAGAGUGGGCAUAUGUCCUUCACAUGUUGUUUGUGCAAUGGUUGGUUGUGCAUGUGUGAAACAUUCACAGAUAAUGCACUGAUAGCUCCAUGUUUGACAAACACUUGCAAGAGGUCUGACUGCACAGAUUUGAUGUAGAUUUGACAUCUGAACUGUGAGUCUAUGUUGGGCUAAAUGUCAACAUUCUUGUGGACACAUCAUAAAGCUGGGUAAGCAUUGCCCACUGGUCUCUCACAUGUUGAAACUUGCUUGACAGAGUGGUGUCCCUUUACCUUGUCAGAAUCUGCUGAUCAUGGGACUAAAUCCCAUAUUGAUCUUCAUUAUCCUUCAUCAGCUGUGUACCUGGUUAGUUGGUUUCACCAAAGUGGUAGACAUCAGUCAGCUGCAUCACUUUGGGCUGUUGGGACCAGUAGCUGACGCACAGUGAUGUUGCUGAAAUAUUCACUUCAUCAUCACAAGUUAUUUCUUUGUGAUAACUGUAAUUUUCAUUCUCACUCAACGUUAUUGUUACUGAUAUUUGUCAAGACAAUAAGAACUUUCACAGAUAAUCUCCCAACUUGGUACAAAGAUUGAAAUAUAGAAAUGUGAACAAAAAUCGUGAAAUCAAAAACAGUGGGCUUCUCAUUUACAAACCAGAAGUAAAUACAAGGUUAAAAAAAAUACUUUUUGCUAUCAGUAUUAAAUUAUUAAAAUACAUGUACUACAAUCAAAACAUGUAGAAAUUUAUCUUCCUCAAUUGUUUCUUAUUUGUAUUUAAAUAUAAAAAAAUCUAUUUAUUAAAUUUUGAGAAUAGAAAUCAAGAUAUAUUAUUAUUGUUGUUAUUUAAGCGUACCUAUUAGGGUGUUUGGGGAAAAACGUCCCCCAAUCCCCUAAGAGAGUGCUUUUUUACUCUAUGCACUGGUUAAAUUGGAUAUUCGAAGUGAAGCAGGAGAGAAAAAAUGAAAACUUUACUUUUAGCACAAAUGAAAAUACAGCUUAUUUAUAAAACGUUGUUCUGAU